GCCGUCGGCCUUAUACCUCAAUGCCGACCGAGCGAAACUUAGCAGAAGGGUGUUUUAUUUUAAAAAAAAAUCCAACUUGAUAGUCUGAUUUUUGGCAGGCCCCAAAACUAAAAAUCGGCCGCAUCCGUUUAGUUACAAGGCAUCCUCGGGGCAAUAUAUCGUGCAAUGUUGUUCAGCAGGCAAAGCAGGGAACGAAGUUGCUUCUGAAAUCGACAAAAAAUUCCACUCACGAUAUCAGGCCAGUUUUGCUAGUCGAGUGUCAAAAUUGUCCUUCUCCCCCCAAUCUCUUCAACCAAUUCGCACAACCACACCAUACAUACCCAGGCCCCUCUUUCCCCCCUUUCACAAAAUGUCCAACCAAUCCCCCAGCCGGACAAAGGCGAACCCGCCGCACCUAUCCCGCGUCCACGCCGCCGCCGUCGACGGUCGCGUCCGCAACCCCAUCUUCCGCCGGACCCAGCUGAAGCGCCUGCACGACGCCGUCGCCUCCAACAGCGACGCCCUCGAGCGCGCGAUCCUCGCCGACGCCCUCCUGCCCUCCUGCAUCACCCCCGCCGACGCCCGGCUGGAGCUGUGUCUGGCCCUGCGCGCCGUGCGCGAGCUCGCCGCCGCCCUCGACGUCAAGGCCGCCUUUGCAGAGGAGUACAGCGUCGCCAGCUCCAAGGAUGCCGCCGAGGCGAGGAGGCCCGUCGGGAUCGUGGUCGUGACGCCCGCGGCGCACACGCCCGUGUACAGCGCCGUGGCAGCCGUGGCGGCGGCGGUUGCGGGCGGCAAUUGUGUGAUAUUGCAGCUUGACAACACCCUCCAAGAAAUCCCGUCCGCCCUUCGCAAAGCCCUCCACAACGCUGUCGAUCACGAUGCAGUGGCCCUCGCGACUUCAGAUGAAAUCUCCACUGCAUCAUUUGGCGACACACAAGUAAUCCACUAUGUCCAGCAAACCCACCAGCAACGACAACAGUCACCCACAGGCACCGAACACACCACCCGCUUCAACCAGUUGCUCGUCUGCCCAAAUACAGACCGCACCAUCGCCAUCGUGGAGCGCGAUGCGGACGUAGACGCCGCCGCCUCGGCCUUGGUAGGCGCCCGCUUCGCCCUGGGCGGCACGUCCCCCUACGCGCCGGACGUCGUGCUGGUGAACGAGUGGGUGGAGAAGGACUUCCUGCAGGCCGUUCUCCGCCACACGGCCACGGUGGUUUCCAGCCGGGCCACUGCCGCCUCCCCCAGCAGCGGCAAGACGACGCGCAGCAGCGCCGCCGACCCGAGCCCGCUGGACAGGGUCAGGGAAGAAGGCAAGGCCCGCGUCGUCAGCACCGGCGACCUCGGCACCGUGCUGACCGUCGAGGCGCGCGACUCGUUCCUCCUGUCGUCGUCCGCCCCCAAGGUCACCCAGCCCGUGCUGGCCAUCCACUCGGUGACGAGCAUGGACGACGCCAUCGACGCCUCGGGCCGGGACCUGCUGGCCGCCUACGUCUUCACCAAGAACCCGGCCAACGCAAAGUACGUGACGCAGUUCCUGGACUCGGCCGCCGCCUACGUCAACCACGUGCCCCCGCGCCUGCUCGUCGGCCCUGCUGCGGCCCGCGGCUACCCCAUCGACCCCGAGAGCGCCGCGCCGUCCACAGACAUGUUCACGGUGCCGAGGCCCGUCUACGUCGGGAAGCGCGGUAGGGAUGUGGGCGGGGACAAGGUCCUGAGCAAGGUCGUCGGGGGUGGUGACGCCAGCGCGGCCGUCAUGGCCGAGAUGGCGAGGGACCUGGGCAGGGAGAUGCCGGCUUUGGCAAGGCCGCUCAACCAGGUCGGCAUCAACUUCUUUGAGCAGGGCAUCUUGACCGGCGCAGUUCUGUUCUUUGGUACCAUCUUGACCGGGGUCGGGUUUGCAGGCUACCAUGGGUACCGGUUGUUUGCGUCACGAUAAAUCAAAGAAGAUAUUGAAAAAUUAAAGACGGAUUUAUCGUGAAGGACCGUGGGGGUCUGUACUAUACAAAUGUUAUAUGGUUACAGAAGCUGCUAUACACACACACACUCACAGACACACUCUGAUCAGCCAAAAAAGGACACAGAAAUCUUACAAUCAUUAAUACUUGAUGCACGCCCCAAGGCUGCAAUUUUACACCCCAGACCCGUCGCCUCCAAGAUCUGUCAAGAGUUGGAUGAUGCUGUCGAUUAGAAUAGGCCUUCGCCCAUCUUCAUACUUGGACCUGAGAACCUGGGACACGGCCUUCAAGACCAUCGGCGAGUCGGACAAGAGGGCAGUCAUGGUCUGUUGCUGCUGGGCUUGCUUCUCCUGGACCCCAUCUGCAUAAUUCGACGACGGCUGUUGAGCACAAGCACGACCGCCAUACAGGCGCACGGCCGGGGACCCACGAUCGAGGUGCACAAACCGCUCAAUCGCGUCGCGGUCCUCGCCGUCCAGAAACACCGCAGUCGCAUCCCUGGGCGUAUCGACACCGGCCUCGCGCAGCAGCGCCCCGUAGACCAGCAGAACCUGCGCCGAGUGGUACAGCGCCGUCGCGGCCAGCCCAGA